AUGAUAAAUAAAUCAAUACAACCUAAUAGAAACAUGGUUAUACUAAAAAAUAAAAAAUAAAGGAAGUUAAUGAAGGUAUUACUAGUAAAAUUUCUUUAAAAAGUCCAAUUAAAAGACAAGCAUUUACUCAAAAAAUUAGCAACUAUUUUAAUGGAAAAAAUUCAAAGAGUUGUUUAGAAACAAUUACUAAAUGUUUAACUAUCAAUAAAUAAAAUAGUCUAAACUUAAUGAUAUUAAAUAGAAAACUUUUGAUCUCAAGCAGAAUAAGUAAACUAAAAUAAUAGUCAGUAAGGAAUCUAUUCCUCUAUAAUAAGGAAAGGAAAAAAAAAUUGAAUUUGGAAAUCGAGUCACCAUAAAUUUACUUACGAGGAUGUCAACGAUCUAGAUUGAGGAGGAAGCGAAGUAAUAAUCUCCAAAAUUUAAUUCGAACAAAGAUCCUGAGACUUUCACAGAUUGGGUUGAAAAUAUCUACGGAAAAUAAUGGUUUGCUCAAACUACUAACCAAUGA